GACCUUGCGUCUGUGAAAAGAAUAACUUGUUUUCAAGGAAUUUGUUCCUUUCUCCUCUGAAAACAGUUUAUAUAUAUUUGCGUCUCGUAGAGUUGUUCGUACUCUCUUAAGGCACCUUUUGACUUUUCCCGUUUUGAGGAUGAAAGCAUUUAUCGCCGCUGCAGCUGGCUUUGCAGCCUCAAGCUGGUACACUAGCGCGACGACAAGCUCUACAAGCUGCACAACACAGACCAGUCCUUUCUCGCAAUCGGAGUUUCGCUCGUUUCCUCUUCUGGAUGUCUAUGACGAGUCUCACAACACUAAGGUGUUCCGAUUCGCCUUACCCGAGGCUGAUAUGCCACUGAAUCUGGAGGUGGCCAGCUGCGUUAGUUUCCGCUAUGUCGACAAGGACGGAACCGAGGUGGUUCGCCCGUACACGCCACUCAACCGUAGCGAUCAACUGGGCUACUUUGAUGUGAUGGUGAAGAAUUACCAAGGUUCCAAAAUGGGCAGCCAUCUUUUUGCGAUGAGGAAAGGUGACUGUAUCGAUGUGAAAGGACCGUGGGUGAAGCUGCCGAUCAAGUCGAAUCAGUACAAGGCAAUUGGGAUGUUGGCCGGUGGUACCGGAAUCACGCCGAUGUACCAAGUUGCGCGGAACAUCUUGCGCGCGCCCAAGAACACAACGGAGAUCACUCUUGUGUACGCUAAUGAGCGCAAGGAAGAUGUUCUUUUUGGCAAUGAACUGAACCAGCUGAUGGAAGCUUACCCCCGCUUCUCUCCUUACUUCGUUCUUUCCAAAGCCCCUUCUGAUUGGAUGGGUGGUGUUGGAUACAUCAACAAAGAAAUGAUCAAGUCAUUGAUGCCGGCGCCGAAUCGUGCUGGCGACUCCAUUAUUCUGGUCUGCGGUCCUCCGCCAUUCAUGGAGACCAUCUCUGGCGACAAGGACUUCAAGAGCUACCCUCCGUCGCAAGGUGAACUGAAAGGUUACUUGAAGGAACUCGGCUACAUGCCCAAGAUGGUGUUCAAGUUUUAA